AUGAUGCCUUCAUCCAUAGCCCUCCGUCCCACCCUGACCCCCUUCAAACAAUUCUACGCCAACCAAUUCGGCACCAAACCCCAGCCGCCACCCCGAGGCACAACCUUCGCCUCCAAAACAGCCAUAAUAACCGGUUCUUCCAGCGGUAUAGGGCAAGAAUGCGCUCGCCAAAUGCUUGACCUCAACCUCUCACACCUAAUCAUGGCCGUCCGCAACCCUGCGAAAGGUGAAGCAAUCGCGAAGGAACUGCGGAAGGGACACCCCAUGGCAGUGGUUGAUGUGUGGAAGCUGGAUAUGCUGCACUAUGCCUCCAUUCAAGCGUUCGCUGAGAAGUGUGAGAGGGAGUUGAGGAGACUGGAUAUCGUAAUCCUGAACGCCGGAGGCUCGAACCAAGCUUUCAAAGUCAAUAAGGAGACGGGGCAUGAGGAGAGUUUGCAACUCAACUACCUCUCUAACGCUCUUCUCGGCACUCUCCUGUUGCCAGUUCUGAAGAACAAGCGAUCGCCAGGUGCUGGGCCUGGGCGGAUGCUCUUCGUAUCGUCCGCGCUAGGAGUCACCUCCAAGUUCUCCAACGUCGCAGCAGACCCCCUCUUGCCGUCCUUCACGGAGCCGUAUGUGUCUGGAAAGGAGCAGUGGAAUUUGGGUGCAGCGCAGGAGCGGUAUUCCAUGACGAAGACGCUGGUCAACAUGUUCAUAUACAAGCUCAGCACUCUCGUCUCCGCCGAUGAUGUCAUCAUUGAUGGCGUUGAGCCUGGGUAUACCAAGGGCUCUGGUCUCGACGCGGAUGUCACAGGUGUUCUGAAGUGGGUACUCUGGGUAGUGAAGUCUCUGGUCGCGAGGACGCUGGAGCAUGCGGCAUGGACUUACAUCGAUGCCGUCGACACGAAGGGGAAGGAGAGCCAUGGGUGUUUUCUCAUGUGUUAUCGGAAUUGGCCAUUUCAUGCGUUGAUGUACACACCUGAGGGUGAAGCUGCGACCGAGCGCCUCUGGAAGGAGACGAUGGACGAGCUGGACUUUGCUGGCGUGAGAGGAAUCGUGGAGUCGAUGAAGCACUAA